AUGACACAUAACGCAAAAGUCCAAGAACUCACUUCACUUCUCGAUAAACAUCAGACGUAUCGGGACACCUGUCUCAAUCUCAUCGCUUCGGAGAACACACCUUCGCCGUUAGUAGAAGAACUCUUCGACGAACGGUUGGCGCGGCGGUAUGGGAAUUAUUCUGGCAUUGACCUUUACCAGCGGAAUUACAAAGGCAACCGCUAUAUUGCCGAAAUAGAGGCGUACACGCAGGCGUUAGCAAAGGAGCUUUUCGGUGCUGCGCACGUCGAUUUCCGCCCAUUAUCAGGGAACAUCGCAGGGAUUGCAACCACGUUCGCGUUAGCGGAGCCGGGCGAUACGGCGUUAGAGGUUCAUAACGGACACCACUAUGCUCAAAAACUGCUGUCUUCACCACUCAAGAUAGAACUCCAAUCAAUUCCGAUUCCGUGGGACGGACCGCGUUCAAACAUUGACCUUGAUGCAACACUUGCGCUAAUUGCGGAACACAAGCCCAAAAUCGUCAACGUCGGCUCCGGCGUGUUUCUCUUCCCGCAACCCGUACGAGAGUUGAAAAAGGCGAUGCGCCAAGCGAAUCCAGAUUCCUACCUCAUCUACGAUGCCUCACACGUCAUCGGACUCAUUGCCGGUAAGCGGUUUCAGUCGCCCUUUGAAGAAGGCGCGGAUGUGAUCAUUUCCAGCACGCAUAAGACCCUUGCCGGACCACAGGGAGGAAUGGUUUUAACCAACGAUAAAUCUAUUGCUGAGCGAGUUGCGAGGGGUGUCUAUCCGUUACUGAUGAGCAAUCACCACCUGAAUCGGCUCCCGGCGUUAGCAGGAACAUUUAUAGAGUGGAUGGAAUGCGGUGAAGCACAAGCAGAUGCGAUUGUUGCGAACGCAAAAGCACUCGGUCAAGCGUUAGUGGAACGCGGUGUCCCGAUGCUCGGUGCCGACCUCGGGUUCACGGAGUCGCAUACCUUGAUACUGAUUGUAGAUAAGUAUGGGGAAGGCGGCGCGCUUGCGACACAUCUGGAGGCAUGCCAUAUUAUUGCAGGCGCGGCAGGAUUAUCACCGGAAGUCGGAACAUCAGGAUUGCGUAUCGGCGUUCAAGAGGUCACCCGCUGGGGGAUGACACCGGCGGAUGCACCGGACAUCGCGGCAUGUAUUGUCUCAGCACUUUCCGGUGGGACUUCUGAAGAACUCAAGCCGGAGGUUGCAAAAGUAGCAUGUCGUUUCGAUACAAUCCUGUUCACCGUCGAGUAA